UUCCUUCUUUAUCCAUAUGCUUUAUCAUUUCAUUUCGAUACUACAUGUGCGUUCCAAUUAGGCAAGUUACAAAAAGACUUAGAUUAACGGUACAUAAAUGUGUGAGGAGACUGAAACCGGGGAUAAAGAUUACCUUUGGCACAAUUAAUUGAGUAAACAUCUCUCCAAUGCCAAUGGUCCAAUCUUAAGUGAGUCCUAAUCCUACCUGUUCACUUGCCUACGUGUCCUACUUGAACAGAUUUUUUGUACAAGUGGAAGACCUGUAAAAAGGAUAAUUUGCAUAAUGCGUUAUGUGUCAUCUGCGUAAAUUGUUCUCUAGAACAGGUUGAUCAACAAAAGUACUCUUUCCAUCAGCUGUCCCCGCUAACAGCACUAGGGACCCUCAUGUCGCUGACCAGAGUACACCGAAACGCCGUCCAGCUGCUGCAGUAUGUCGCCUCCCGCACGGGGCUUACCGAAGCCGUCAGGAAACUCCAGCUAGCGCGGCAGUUUGCGGCCAGCGACGACGAACUGAAGCAACUGCAUUGGAUACCUGGAAUUCUACAAGAAUGGUUACAGAAGAAAGCGAUCCAAGUGUUUGGAGAGCGAACCUGGAAGUACCAGGACUCAAUACCACAUUUACCUGUACCUCCUCUCAAGAACACUCUGGACAAGUAUCUAGAGUCAGUAAAACCAUUCGUUACGGCGGAGGAAUACAAGCACACAGAGACGGUGGUGAGGGAGUUUGAACAAGGGGUCGGUCAAUCCCUGCAUCAGCAAUUACUGGAGAGGGCAAAGGUUAAAAGGAACUGGCUUGAAGACUGGUGGGUGGAUCUGAUGUACCUUCAGUCACGGCACUCCCUUCCCCUGACUUCCAACGUUGUCGGGUUUGUACCCGUCAUGGACCACAUGUGGUCUGCCAUAGGAGUGGAACCGGCAGACAGGGUUCCACUGUUCCUCUCGGCAUCUCUCUAUCUGUGGAAACUCCUCAGGAAAGAGCAGAUACCGGUAGACAAGGCUGUGCUGACAGGACAGCCGUUCUGUAUGGAUCAGUUUCGCAGCAUGUUCUCGGCUCACAGGGUUCCUGGUGUGACCAUGGACAAGCUUGUCAGCCAUUUUAAGACAGAAUCUGAAGGCCCAUCACCCACCCACAUCACGGUGCUGUGUAAAGGUCGUGUGUUCAAGAUGGAGUGUGUCGAUCAAGACGGCGAACCUCUCACUCCUGCAGAGCUUAAAAUACAACUGGAAGGCGUGAAACAACAAUGUGAGAACGUCUGUGAGGGACCUCACAUCUCUGUGCUAACUGCGGGAAACAGGACGGAAUGGGCAAAGACUAGAGAGAAGAUGAUGGAGAUGGGCCCAGUCAAUGCUCAUAACCUGUCCGUCAUUGAGAAAAGUAUCUUAGUCUUAGCGUUUGACGAUGCCACACCGAAGGACAGUGGGGAGGCCCUUCACCAGGCGUUGGCAGGCAGUGGCAAGAAUAGAUGGUUUGACCAUGUCAACACUGAGGUGGCCUUUAAGAACGGUCUUUUCGCUGGCAACUUCGAGCAUACACCAGCAGAUGGCAUGGUGGCUGCGUAUUUGGGAUACUUCGUUUUUGCUCAGUCACAGAGGAUUGGACCAAUACGGAAGGACCAGGUUCCCGCCAGGCCCGCUCCGGAACCAGAGGAACUGAUUUUCACCAUAGAUGACGAGAUACGUGAUGAAAUUAUACAUACACAGGAGACAUUCAUUAAGCAGGCUUCGGACUUGGAACUAGUCUGCCCCAGCUUCACAGACUAUGGGAAGAAGUUCAUCCGUAGUUUCAAGCUCCACCCGGACUACUACAUACAGACUGCACUACAGCUGGCGUACUUCAGGCUACAUAGGAAGUAAGUGCAAUAGGUGCAAUGUAACAAUGGGGUUCAAGCACCGCCUACCGUCCUUUCCAAGGAGCUCUGAGCUUUUGUGGUGACAUCGGUAGCGUGCUGGGUUUUGGGAGCUUGGCUGCCCGGGUCCGACACGAUAGGUCGCGGGUUCGAAUCCCGGGAGCGAGCUUGGGGUAAAAACUGCUCUACUCGCCUCUAGUGUUUCACUAGUUCCCAUAUCGACCCUGUGGUUAACAGCCUGGAG